AGGUUUCGUGAGCGGCUUCAACAAUAGCAACCCUGAGAAAACACACACACCCUACGUCUUGUAGCUUCAACUGUGUGCAUGACAUCAGAAAAAUAUAGACGACACCAAACUUGGCACGAAGCAUCGCUUGGGACAUGCUGGUGGUAGAGGUACCAAAGAGAGAGAACGUAGGACGCGAAGAACCACCGUGACCGGUAGGUUCCCGGAGCUAGACCUCGACUCCGGUCCUGAGCAUCACGGAGCUCGACGAACCAGGUAAAUAGCCACAGACGGCUACCAAAUAAGAUAAAUCAUUGUCUCCAAGUAGAAGAAAACCAAGAUCCAUGAGUGGGCAUCGAUCAACAAGGAAACGAUGUGGAGAUUCUCACCCGGAGUCCCCUGUGGGCUUCGGGCAUAUGAGUACUACAGGGUGUGUAUUAAAUAAAUUGUUUCAGUUACCAACACCACCACUGUCAAGACACCAGUUAAAACGGCUAGAAGAACACAGGUAUCAGAGUGCUGGACGGUCUCUUCUUGAGCCCUUAAUGCAAGGAUACUGGGAAUGGCUAGUUGGAAGAGUUCCCUCAUGGAUUGCCCCAAAUCUCAUCACCAUCAUUGGACUAUCGAUAAAUAUCUGUACAACUAUUUUGUUAGUCUUCUACUGCCCUACAGCCACAGAACAGGCACCUCUCUGGGCAUACAUUGCUUGUGCAUGUGGCCUUUUCAUUUACCAGUCUUUGGAUGCUAUAGAUGGGAAACAGGCAAGAAGAACCAAUAGUAGUUCUCCUUUGGGAGAACUUUUUGAUCAUGGCUGUGACUCACUAUCAACAGUUUUUGUGGUUCUUGGAACUUGUAUUGCAGUGCAACUUGGGACAAAUCCUGACUGGAUGUUUUUUUGUUGUUUUGCUGGGACAUUCAUGUUUUAUUGUGCACACUGGCAAACAUAUGUUUCUGGAACAUUGCGAUUUGGAAUAAUUGAUGUGACUGAAGUGCAAAUCUUCAUAAUAAUCAUGCAUUUGCUGGCAGUGAUUGGAGGACCACCUUUUUGGCAAUCUAUGAUUCCAGUGCUGAAUAUUCAAAUGAAACUUUUUCCUGCACUUUGUACUGUGGCAGGGACCAUAUUUUCCUGUACAAAUUACUUCCGUGUAAUCUUCACAGGUGGUGUUGGCAAAAAUGGAUCAACCAUAGCAGGAACAAGUGUCCUUUCUCCUUUUCUCCACAUUGGAUCAGUGAUCACGUUAGCUGUUAUGAUCUACAAGAAGUCAGCAGUUCAGCUUUUUGAAAAGCAUCCGUGUCUUUAUAUUCUGACAUUUGGUUUUGUGUCAGCUAAAAUCACUAAUAAGCUUGUGGUUGCACACAUGACGAAAAGUGAAAUGCAUUUGCAUGACACAGCAUUCAUAGGUCCAGCACUUUUGUUUCUGGACCAGUAUUUUAACAGCUUCAUUGAUGAAUACAUUGUACUUUGGAUUGCCCUGGUCUUCUCUUUCUUUGAUUUGAUUCGCUACUGUGUCAGUGUUUGCAAUCAGAUUGCAUCUCACCUGCAUAUACAUGUCUUCAGAAUUAAAGCCUCUACAGCUCACUCAAAUCAUCACUAAUGAUGUAUCUGGGUUCUACUAAGCUCAUGUUUCCUGCUGGAAGGAAUCCGAACAUAUAAAGGAGAACGGGGGUGGAUAAGAUCAAAUAUAAUUUAUAAUAAUCAAUGUCAUAUAACUUUCAUUCUUUGUCACUGGUAACACCCCCUAACUGUCCUGUUGAGAAUGGGAUUUUCAGGUCCCAUCCUGUAAACUGAACAUGUCAAACAGGGUUUGGCUCCAGAAAGCAUGCAGGAAAAAUGCCAUGUGUUUGUGAUUAUCCUGAAUUCAGAACAACAGUGUCAGAGAGCGCAUCCCCCGGUGGUGGUGAUUCUAAUGUAAAAGUUUUACAGGCCAAAAGAUGGUUCUUUAUGAUUUUAACAUCAUCUUUUAGUAACACCUUGUCUUCUCAGACAUUCUUUUGUAAGGAGCUCAGCUUGUGACACAUACAUCCUACUAGCUUGUGAGGUGAGAGCAGUGAUAAAGACCUUAAAUUUGGAUGGAAAGGUUUCCGGUCUGUACGUUGUUGAGGAAGUGAUUUUAUUAUUGAUCAAGAAAUGGUGUUUCUCACGGGCUUGGGAAAUCUUGCUAGCAUGCAGAUAAUGUGGUAACUUUGUCAAUCCAUUUUAUUUUUUUAAAUAAAUAUAUGAUCUCAGA